CGGUCAAUAGAAAGAAAAAAACGAGACGUCUUGGAAGUUGGAGUGAGAUGUGAGUGAGCAAGAAAUAUGUUAUGUAUUAUUAUUUGGACGCCGUCGAAUGGGAGAAACCUGCGUGCGGGCCUCACUGGCACCGCCCUGCCCCCGCGCCGCGCCGCUCCGAUCAUAUGUUCGGUCGGCGGGCGAGUCUCGCACCGGCCGCUCACUGCGACUCGGGCGCUCGUCGUCGUCGCAACACUACGUGCAACACUCCGGCGCUCGCUCCCGACCGAUCAGCUGUCGAGCACUCCGCGCAGAACAAAUCAUAUCCUUCGCGACGCGUACGUGACCGUUCGGAUAAACAUGGAGCUGUUGUGCGCGGAACGCGUCAGCCCCGGCAGUGGCGAGGGCGCACCGCGGCUGCCGCAAGCUGCUGCACCCGACCCGGUGCUGCUGCGCCGCCGCGUGCUCGACAACCUGCUGCGGACCGAGGAGCGCUAUGCCGUCACCGCUAACUACUUCGGCACUGUGCAGACCGAGAUCACACCUCACAUGCGCCGUCUCGUCGCCGAGUGGAUGCUAGAGGUAUGCGAAGAUCGCGGCUGCCAAGAAGAAGUCUUUCCACUGGCGAUAUCGUUCCUGGAUCGGUUCUUGAGCAUCUGCGCGGUGGGAAAAAGUCAAGUGCAACUUUUGGGCACAGCCUGUCUACUGUUGGCUUCCAAACUCCGUGAGCCAGGAUCGUGUGCCCUCCCCGCCGACCUACUUGUCUUCUACACCGCAAACAGCAUCACCCUUACCGAUCUUUGCAGCUGGGAGUUGCUAGUGCUGUCGAAGCUGAAAUGGGAUGUAGCAGGGGUGACAGCGCACGACUUCUUGCCUCUUCUGCUAUCGCGGUUGCCAAUCCGAGGCCUUGUCAACGUGGAAAUGGUGCAAAGGCAUGCAAAGACGUUUAUUUCACUAGCGGCAAGAGAUUAUGAAUUCACGCUGUACUCUUCAAGCACUCUUGCCGCUUGCAGCAUCGCUGCUGCACUACGAGGUCUCGAACACGAUGGCUACUUAUCGAGACUCCAAGAGCUCACGCGCAUUGACUUAGAUUGCCUGCAGACCUGUCUCGAACAGAUCGAGGAUAUGGUGCAAAGUUUGAUAGUGGAGCGUGACUCGUGUCCCCCAAACGGUCAGGCGCGAGAAGCGGCGGGCUGGACGCCGCCCCCCGCCCCCCCGCACGACAAGGCGCACAGUAACGCCGCCACACCCACCGACGUCAGAGAUGUACACUUCUAAACCUGGACAGGCUCUGCGCCUCCACAAUCUAAUUAAGUAAUCACGAAGCAUCAGUACGAAAAUACUAUAAACUACAACAAACGUUGCCAGAUGCAUUCGUGACGGCGGACUGAUCGAUACAAAGACUGACAAUCGUAUGUCUCUCCUAGUUAAUGUACGUAUAUACUAAUUGUGAAUACAUAACUGUAAGCCUUACGUGCUACUUGUAAUUGCCUCUAGUCUGUACGUUCACUAAUUAUAUUAUUACUUGCAUUGAACGUGACCUUGGUAAGCCUUAAUAAACAUGCUAGUUAAUACGGCUUCAGAAAUUGCAAUCUACCUCUUAUAUAAUUAAGGACUAUCAGUUUCAUGCGGCAAAUACCCUACGCUUUACCGAUAAAUUAGCUGUUGUUCAUAUUAUGUGUGUUGAAUAUUGUUUACGCGGGACCAAAGUUAGAUACACGUUUUAAUUAUUUUAUAAUAAUAAUAUGUUAAUGAUUUUCUUUGGAUGGUAUCGGUUUCACUAAAUACAUUAGUAUUAUUAUAAUGUUGACACUCUUUGAUCAUCUUCGAAUAAAAUAUACACCCGACAUUACGACGCGCUUGUAUUUGCCACUUUGAAAUUAAAAUUGGUACACCUACACACUAUCAGAGUUUAUUUUAUAUCGGGGGAAGGCAAUAAAUUACGCUUGUUCGUUGUAAAAACUAACUUUAGUUUUCAUUAUUAUUUUUUUUGAUUAUAUUUAUCUUAGUUAUAUACAGAUUGUAUGUAUAUUAUAAUACUUUCAAACAAAUAUAUAAACCAGAUACUAUUAUAAAACUAAAACUUAUUUGUAGGAAGUUGUCUGAUAGUAGACGAAGGACUGUUUAUUUUUCUAAUAUUUUGCGUAAUUAGUUAUUUAGGGAAAUUUUUUUUUGUUCCUUGCAACGAAAGCGUCUGCUCUUUCAGUUUGUAUGUUUAUGUGAUAGGAUCAACUUGUUGCUUUGAAUUUCGUAUUGUAGUCACUUCCAGUCAUAAUAAGUUAACGUAGAUCUAAUUUCAUUUUCUUUAUAGAUUGCUGUAUAGAAAUAUGUGAUCGUUAAGAUGUUUUUUUAGAAUAGGAUCAAUUAUUUUAACACCACCUUUAUCGUUCCUAAGCGAAAAUGCACUAAAAUAAACAAUGCAAUAGUCAUGUUCCAUUUUAUUUGUACUUAAUAGUCUACAUAGGUAGUUAGAAUGAUCGUAGAGGUGACUAUGUUAAUAAAAAAAAAUGUGAUAUACAAUGUUCUUAGUUAUAGCUAUAUUGAUUUAAGUACGGGUGGUGUAUUUCAGGCAGUAAUUAAAACGCGGUUACGAUAAAAAUAUAAAUGUGCUUUCUUUUAUUACGUUAGUAAAAUAUAUGUAAGGUUAAUUUAUCUGUAAAUUGACGUUAAUCUAACUGUGCGAUUUUUUUAUAGCUACGUAAAAACAAAAAAAAAACAAAAUUAUAGCUACGUAAAAACAAAAAAACAAAAUUAUAGCUACGUAUAAACAAAAAAAAAAUCACUCGAUGUCUUCCACAAAAGCGAAUCAGGUCAAACAACAGCUUAUAUAGACUUGAUACAUAUUUAGUGAUCUGUUAUGUGUAUAGGAUAUUAGUUGUAAAUGUAUAUAUUCGUAAAA